AUGCUUCGGUGGCCUCCGCCGCUGUCUUUGGCUGAGACCAUCUCUGCCCUGCGCGCCUUUGCCGACCAAAGUGCAGCCCGACAACCUACAGACGCCGAAGCUGCUGCAGUUGAGGCUGCCCUGGCCCAGAGAGAUCCUUCAGCCGCCCUCCAGCAGGCAUUGGACUUCUUGCAGGUGCCUCGAGACGUCAAUGACUCAAGGCCUAGUGUCGCGGACCAGUUCAAGGUCUUCCUGCAAGGCCUCCGGCAAGGAGCAGCUGCAUCCUCGAGUCACGAGGAGCACCUACCAGCAGCCACAGGGCCCGCUGUGAGAGCAGCUCCCCGCGAUCACUCCCAACUCGCCCAAGCCUUCGCGAUGGCGUCGCAGUGCAUGGGAGGCAGGCUGGAUGGACCUUGGCGAUGCUUCCGCAUGGACGAGAAACGAGAUUAUGGCCAGCGACAUGGUCAGACUUAUUGGAAGCCACAUGGAUGGGUGAAGCGCCGGCUCCGCGUGGACGACUACGAAACCUGCAGAACAUGGCCAAUCGCCUACCACGGAACCUCUGCGGAGAAUGCCCCCAAGAUUUUGCUGACCAACCUCCGCAAGCCUGGCCAGGGCGGGGCCACGCAACAACAUGGAGGCGCUGGUGCGUCCGCAAGUGGCACUAUCUACGUGACUCCAUCCAUUUAUUAUGCCGCCCAUCCCGUCUAUGCUCCCUUGCAUGAGGUGGACGGCAGUUCCCGAUGGUUCCAAGUGGUGCUGCAAUGUAAGGUUAGGCCGUCUCGCUUCAGGGUGCGACAAGGAACCUUGGGCAACAAAUAUUGGCCGAGAGACCUUCGGAUGGAUCCGAACUUCCGGGAUCACUCUCAGAUGGAAUGGCUGGUGGAUGAUGAACGAGACGUGGUCGUCAUUGGGCUGAUGUACCGGGAGCUGGGCAGCGAGGCAGAUGCCAGCAUCUACGGCAGCCUUGCCACGCGGUUGCGACAGGAGGGUGCCAAGAAAGGUGUAGAGUUUAAAUGGACGGAGAUUUUGGCUGAGCAUCACCGGAACAGUGGCCUUCUGGUAG